AUGGCGGAUGAUGCCGGUGCAGCAGCAGGGCCCAGAGGCCGGGGUCCUGGGAUAGGAGGCCAAGGCAGCUUCCGUGGAGGGUUUGGCAGCACCCCUCGCCUCCUCCCCCCCCCACCCCCUAUGGUCAGGCUGGACCAGGGCAGGGGCCGGGGCCAUGGCCUUGGCCGCGGAGGAGGCAAGGACAAGGACAAGGAGUGGAUCCUGGUCACCAAGCUGGGUCGCCUGGUCAAAGACACGAAGAUCAAAGCCCUAGAGGAGAUCCCUCUCUUCUCCUUGCCCAUCAAGGAGUCUGAGAUUAUCGAUUUCUUCCUGGGAGCAUCUCUCAAGGAUGAGGUUCUGAAGACCAUUCCGGUGCAGAAGCAGACUCACGCUGGCCAGCGGACCAGGUUCAAGGCAUUUGUCGCCAUCGGGGACUACAAUGGCCAUGUUGGUUUGGGCGUGAAGUGCUCCAAGGAGGUGGCCACUGCCAUCCGAGGGGCCGUCAUCCUGGCCAAACUCUCCAUUGUCCCAGUGCGAAGAGGCUACUGGGAGAACAAGAUCAGGGAGCCCCACACUGUCCCUUGCAAGGUGACUGGCCACUGUGGCUCUGUGCUGGAGCACCUCAUUCCUGCCCCCAGAGGCACUGGCAUUGUCUCCACUCCUGUGCCCAAGAAGCUGCUGAUGAUGGCUGGCAUCGAUGACUGCUACACCUCAGCUCAGGGAUGCACUGCCACCCUGGGCAACUUUGCCAAGGCCACCUUUGAUGCCAUCUCCAAGACCUACAGCUAUCUGACCCCUGACCUCUGGAAAGAGGCCGUGUUCACCAAGUCUCCUUUUCAGGAAUUCACUGACCAUCUCGUCAAGACCCACACCAGAAUCUCUGUGCAAAGGACCCAGGCUCCUGCCGUGGCCACAACAUAG